CAGGCCAUGGCGGGCGCUGCACCCGGAUAUACAGGCGACACUUUGAUACAAUGUGCACACAGCGGGGACGUGGACGGUUUGGACGCCGUAGUAAGAAGUGGCAUUGAUGUGUCAUAUAGGUCUAAACGAAGAGGAACGUCUGUUCUUCAUGCUGCUGCAAUUUCUGUUGAUGAAAAGAUGAUGCUCCAUCUUUUAGAAAGACAUCCGCAUUGUGUCGAAAGUGGAAUGGUACCUGACAAACAAAAGGGAUUUAACGCUCUCCAUCAUUGGUGCGCUAACCGUGGGGAUAAGGUGGUAUUUGACAAGUUAAUAGCCGUAGGAUUUGACCUGAAGGGAAAAACUGUUUCUGGUAAAACAGUACUGGAGCUAGCCAAGGAAACAAACAACAAUGUUUUAGUGAAGCACAUAGAAGAUUACUUGACAGGCCCACUUCCUGAUACCUCUUUGCCGUUGACCCCUCUUCACAAAGGUAUAUUAAACGGGGGUGCAUUAGAAUGUCUUAACAUGAUUGAAAACAACAAUGGCGCAGAUGUCAUGAAACAGGCGAGUAAAGGAAGUGCCGAAAUACCUCCUGACAUUCAAAAACGUUUGCCACAACUGUUUACAUCGAUGGAACUAGCGUUUUAUCUUGAAAAUAACCAGGUUCUCUCUAUGCUGGUUAAAUACACGGACAAUUAUAUUAUUGAUAAGUGUCUUAAGAGAAGUUCAGGCAAGUCGAAAGAGGCUAUAAUUAAAGGCAUCAGAGGGAAAUUAUAUCACGAGCACAAGCCCAAAUAUGUUGCUUUCGGCAGAUUACGAGACCCAAGUGAACACAACGCGAAAAAUGUAUUUGUUGUUUUCAGCACAACCAAGACACACGGCGCGGAGACAAGUAUAGCAGGUUACAGGGUUCUGUUUCGCGAUCCAGAAAUUUGUGAAAAAGAUGGAAUAGAUGAAGGAAGGGUGGUAUUGCAUCAUUGUCACGAGCAUGACUUUUUCUUAUCGGAAGAUGAAAAAGAGCUGAUUGACAAAGUUAUAAAACAAGAUUGUGAUAAAUUGUGGAACGAUCAUUCCAACAUCAGGGGAAUCAUGUCUUCGCCGGUGAAAUAUAGUAAAGGGCAAUUUCUGCGGCAACCGUGCGUAGUGAUACUUUGUUGUUUUAAAACAUUUAUACCCGAAAAGGAGCCCGAUUUUCCGACUUCAAUCCUAGUUAACGGACAAUAUGUCCCUGUUGAUGUUCGAGAAGGUUACUUUCGGCUUGUUGGAGAUGAUAAUCCUUUGGCCAAACAUGUACCAUUGAGAAUGGGAUGCACAAUACGAACCAAUGACGGAACAUCACGGUUUGGAACCUUAGGGCCAUUUGUGGAAUAUAAAAACAGGUUAUGUGUCCUUGUAGCUGCACAUGUAAUGUUCUCGAAAGAAGAGUGUCAAGAGAAGGCCGAAACCAACACAAGUUCACAGUAUGGAGGGACAAGGGUCGAGGAGGUAUAUGCUCGCGAUUGUAGUGAGCGCCUGAUGCUACAGCCUGGAAAUGGCCCAGACGCUAACCAACAAGACGUGGAUCUGGUGUGCGGUCAGGUGAUAAAAUGGGACUACGCCAUUGAAAGGGAAACAUCGAUAGACAUUGCCGUUGUGGAAAUUACCAAAAAAGAGAGAAAACCUCGACAGGGCCUAUUUACUGCAUAUGAAAAACAACAGUUCCAAAAAAUUGGUUAUCCCGACAUGGAACCAACAUUCGACACCGGAAAGAAAGGAAAUCCGACAUGUGACCCAGAGGCAGACAAACACCCAACAUCUGUCUCGGAAGAAGCCGAACGCGAAAAGUCAGACAAUGACAAACGCAAAGACCAUACAGCUGGCAAUAAUACCAUUAUAUUUGGAGGUGUCUCAGGUCCGACCAUUGGUAAAUAUCGAAACAGUUCUAGCGUCCAAUUCACAGACAAAGUAUGUGGGCGUACAGAAGCAAAUGAAAGAUAUCGGGGCAUGCAUUUUAUAGACAACAGCCAAUGUGGUGAACCGGAUUGCAAAAUUCCCCCUUUAGCUCAACGUGGCGAUUCCGGUGGGGCUGUGUUCCAACGAUUAGAGGACAAAUCUUUGGUCUCAAUCGGCGUACUGGUAGCAGUCGAUAACACCGGGUCCGCACUAGUCACUCCAAUUAAUCCAGUUCUGGAUUAUUUUAAUCUAAGGAUGAAAAAGUUUCAAUGAUCUCAGCCACAGUAAAUACCUUACAGAGAACAUUGUACCGUGAUUGUGUUAAUUCCAUAACAAAAACACACAUACUGUCUCUCAAAUUAACAUUACAACACGAAGUGUAUUAGACAGGGUUUAGGGGUCACGCUACCAUUUCCAGAUGUGGCAUUUAAGUAUGAUGACGUUAUCAAGUGGUCCGCGCCAAUGACCCUAUCAUUUGUGGAUUUCCUCCUGGAAUCAUCAUUCUGUGAUAAUUAAAACUUACAUUCCAUUAACUUAUAUUAUUUAUCGUAAAUACCAGUGCUAUGUUUUAUACUUUGUUGUACCGAUAUCCUUCAAUAACAAGGCAUUACUUAAGAACCGUCCUCAAAAGACAUUGUUGCAUUGGUGGGACGUUAAACAAAUCCUGUUUUUAUCCAGUUAAUGUAAUGACUCUAUGCUAAAAAGGUUCGUGACAUCCUUUCUUAAUGGACAGAAUUUUAUCGUGAUAAUGAUUAAUUAGCUCACCUGGUUCAACGGACCGGUGCGCUUAUGUUGUGUCACGGUAUCUGUCGUUAGUCCGUCUGUUAAUAUGUCUUUGAAUUCGCUACUAGUCAUCAACGAGAGAAUAAUUUUGACUCAAUUUGCUCAAAAUGCAUUCAUUAGAAAAGCGGGAAAAUGGCAUAAAUGGUGACACUGGCCUGCCUGGGAUAG